UGUGUGUUCAGAGACAAGGACAUCCUGUCAGCGGGAAUAGAGCCAUGCACCUUGUCUUCUCCUAUCUCUGUAGACCAUCGCACCAUCAUACAUGGAACACUCUUCACAGUUCCUUGGAUCCAGCAGCUCCAUCCUCUCUCCUACAGCGCAGCCAGCCUCAGCCAAUCAGCGGGCUCCUCUCAUCCUCCGCAGGGCAGGCGGCUACUUAGAGGCGCUCAGUGAUUGGCGGGGCUGCGCAGAACCUAGUCCUCGUCUGCAGGCGGCUGGGCAGCAGACUGGUAUGACGUUCUAUGAUGUCCCCGCACUGGACAUUGUCACCCUGAGCCAUCACACACAGUAAUAAAGGACAGAAGACAAUCUACUAAACUAUGGAGUCCAUCACAAUGAUGGGAAGUCCGAAGAGUGUGAACAACUCUUUCUUACCCAAUGGCACAAAUGGCGUCAAAGAGGAAAAAACUACAAUAGGCAUACUGGGGAGUGGAGACUUUGCCAAAUCCUUGACCAUCCGGCUUAUAAGGUGCGGUUAUCACGUGGUGAUCGGAAGCCGAGAACCAAAAUGUGCCGCCGACUUUUUCCCACACGUGGUGGACGUGACACACCAUGAGGAUGCCAUUUUGAAAGCCAGCAUCAUCUUUGUAGCAAUACACAGAGAACAUUAUUCCUCUUUGUGGGACUUGAAGCAUUUACUGAGCGGGAAGAUUCUGGUGGAUGUGAGCAAUAACAUGAGAGUGGACCAGUACCCGGAAUCCAACGCCGAAUAUCUGUCCUCCCUCUUCUCAGACUGCUAUGUGGUUAAAGGGUUCAAUGUCAUCUCUGCAUGGGCAAUGCAACUCGGUCCAAAGGAUGCCAGCAGCCAAGUAUAUAUCUGCAGCAAUAACGUCCAGGCGCGCCAUCAAGUCAUAGAGCUUGCUCGUCAGAUGAACUUUAUUCCAAUUGACAUGGGGACAUUAUCUUCUUCCCGAGAGAUUGAAAACUUGCCUCUCCGUCUCUUCACCCCGUGGAAGGGUCCUGUCGUGGUGGCCAUCAGCUUGGCAACUUUCUUCUUCAUCUAUUCCUUCGUCAGGGACAUCAUUCACCCGUACUUUAAAAACCAGCAGAGUGACUUCUACAAGAUCCCUAUAGAGAUUGUGAAUAAGACCUUACCGGUCGUGGCCAUCACUCUCCUAUCAUUGGUGUACUUGUCGGGGCUCUUGGCCGCGGCCCACCAGCUGUAUUAUGGCACAAAGUACCGACGCUUCCCGCACUGGCUGGAGAACUGGUUGCAGUGUCGGAAACAGCUCGGUCUGCUCAGCUACUUCUUUGCAGCCGUCCAUGUGGUCUACAGCAUGUGCUUGCCUAUGAGAAGGUCCGAGCGCUACUCAUUUCUCAAUACUGCUUAUCAACAGGUUCAUGGUAACGUGGAUAACUCGUGGAAUGAAGAAGAAGUGUGGAGAGUGGAAAUGUACAUCUCAUUCGGCAUUAUGAGCCUUGGCUUGCUCUCCUUACUGGCGGUGACCUCCAUCCCUUCCGUCAAUAGCGCCUUAAACUGGAGAGAAUUCAGCUUCAUUCAGUCUACUCUUGGCUAUGUGGCUUUGCUAAUCAGCACCUUCCAUGUUCUAAUAUAUGGCUGGAAACGAGCCUUCGAAGAGGAGAGCUACCGCUUUUACACUCCGCCAAACUUUGUGAUAGCGCUGGUCCUCCCGACAAUAGUCAUCCUCGGCAAGAUCGUGCUGUUGUGCCCGUGCGUCAGCAAGAAGCUCCACCGCAUCAAAAGGGGAUGGGAGAAGAGUCACUUUAAGGAGAAGACAAGCAGCACAGCGGCUCACGUCUCCCCUGAGAGAGUCACGGUCAUGUAAUGGGGAUUUUACCCCCAUGGCCUGGGAACGCCAUACCAGUACUUCUGUUAUCUUUUCAGACAGCAGAAGGCAUCAUAUGUUACAGUGAUAUCAAACAAGCAAAGUGUAAGGAGAUAUGUUUAGGUCAUCUAUAGUGGCCAGACGCCGCUUUCCUCCAUUUUCCAAAUUGUGGCAGGAAAAUUACAGCAGGAGCCUUUCCUUGUUCUAAGACACUUUUCAUCAAUUAAACAACUUGUUCUUUAAAGCAGAACUAGAUAGAAAAGAUCCCUAUUUAAUCCAGUUACUAAAGCAACUCCCUUGCCAA